AUGAAGAAGAGCAGACAUUACUGGUUGGUGAGACGACCAUUUUUGCCACAGUCCAACCGUCCCAGACUGACGUGCACAUCAAUUGGUAUGCACAUAGACACUCAUCUCUCCGCAUACAUGUGUGGCCAGAUGUGUCCUUGCGCUUGCCUCGGCCGACCGAGAGCAUGUGAAGUCAAGCACCAUCACACGCCAGCCCACCCUGUUCGUCGGUUGUCUGCAUGCGUGUGUGGCGUUGAAGAAUGCCAAGUUCGCUGCAAUGACGACGCAGUCUUCUGCCAGUCGAUGCGUAAUUCGCAUUCUCGUUCACGUUUCUGGUACCGGCUUCCGUCGAAGUGUCGCAUGAGAAAAGGGAAAGAUGCAUACGGGCCGGAAGAGAAAUGUACAUACUUCAAAGAUCUUUGA